AUGGAUCGAGGGAAAACCGUCCUCGUCACCGGCGGCGCAGGCGGCCUAGGUCGAGCAAUCGCAGAAGCCUUUGUGGAAUCCGGAGCGAGUGUUGUGAUAUGCGACAUCAACCGCAAGUUGCUGGAUGAUUUCCAAGAAAAGGUGGUUCUCGCAAACCCGGACCGAGUCCUAGCCAUUGAGAGCGACAUCACAUCGGAGACAGCCCUGGAUGAUCUCUUCAGUCAGGCCGAGAAGAAAUUCGGGGCCUUCGACUGGGUCGUAAACUCUGCCGGCCUCUGUGACAAGUUCGAUCCAGCAGGCGACCUGGAGCGCGCAGAGUACGAUAAGAUCAUUGCGGUCAAUCUGACCGCUCCGACUUUCAUUACCAAGAGGGCAGUCAACAAAUUCUUGAAGAACGAGAAGAAGGGUUCCAUCGUUAAUAUUGCUUCGGUAGCCAGUUUCAGGGGCUUCGCGAACGGUACUCACAGAUGGCAGCCAAGCCGUGGGAGACUCGAUGCUGAUCCACUUGCACAGGUGCAGCUUAUACCAUCAGCAAGCACGGUUUGAUAGGCCUGACUCGGAAUACCGCUGCCUUUUACAGACUCAAAGGCAUCCGCUGCAACGCCAUUCAGGCUGGUGCGAUGCCAACCAAUAUCGGGUGCGUAUGGCUGAGGCUCGAUGGUGAAGACCGGGCUGACCGCGUUGUCCUCCAGAGCACAUCUAGCCAAUGGCAUCAACCAGGAGGGCAUGGGCAUCAUGCAAAAGACCUUUGGUGAUUGGGAGGGUGCCCUGACAGAAACCACAAAGAUGGCCAAACUCGUGAGAUUCCUCUGCAGCGACGACUCGGAGAUGUUGAACGGAGGUAGGGACCGAUCCCCUCCGUCGAGGCUUCGCCACGUCCAUCCUCGCGGCCACGUUUGGUGAAUGCAGGACUAACGGUCAUUCCAGCGGUGGUCACGGCCGAUGGUGGGAUUACGGCGAUUUAG